UUUGGUACCACUGUGCGGCUACUUUAAAGCGCUUGGAGUUCAGAGUUAAGUGCCCAAUCGAAUUAAUGGUCAAUGGUUAUGGGAUGGACAUGGGCCCUUGACAAAAUAUUGUCACGUAGGUACUCGAACCCCGAAAACAAAAAAAAAAAAAAACCAUCAUCAUAACCACUUUGUUGUCCCUCACGGUGCCAUUUAUGACUGCCAAAAUGUUGUGUAUAAAAGCUGCACGAUUGCCACUCGAUAUCAACAUUCUAACACCAAUCAACAAUCCAGCAACAUGGCUUUCAAGUUUACCACCUCUCUGCUCAUCCUGGCUGCCAUCGCCGCCUUAACUUCCGCCGAACCAGCGCGUUUGCGCAGUCGCAGUCGCUCCUCUCGCCUGCAGCUGGCUCGCCAGGAGGCUGCUCCGGUAGAUCCCGUUGUGGAUGCGGCACCCACGCCCGCCUCGGCGCCUUAUCCACCAGCUGGCGUCACUCCCGAGGUACCAUUUGAUUUGCCUACUGAGACGGAGACGGAAGCGCAACCAGAUUUGACUUAUGGCCCACCUGCCGAACCCGACAACACUUAUGGUCCACCUGCUGAGCCCGAUAACACUUAUGGCCCGCCUGCUGAGCCCGACAACACCUACGGUCCUCCGGCUCCCUCGGCUGAUCAGGAUCUGCCCGUAGAAGACGCUGAUCCAGCCUCCGAGCCCAUCCCAGCUAGCCUCAUCCAGCCACGCAACAGUCGCCUCCGCUUGCGUCGUCCAGUGGCAGAGAAACUACGCGCAGCUCCAGUCCAGAUCAUCCGCUCGAGGCCCGUUCUAGUGUACACCAUCUAGGGUCUAAAUUGUUGUUAAUGCUUAAGCGAUUUAUCGAAAUGUUUGUUACAAAUAAAUUAUAAGAAUAUCUUUGUUGGCAUUUUAAACGGAAACAUUUUUUCAUU